UUUUAGGGAAAAUCUCGAAACGUCUGAUCGUUGAAAAUAUUUCGUUGAAAAAGUGUUGCCAUACGCUUCGAAGCGAAGAUCGACCAUGAAUUUACUUUUCAUAGCGAGCAUUUUGACCCUCCAUCCAUCUCAAACAAAAAUUGCUCGGCAUGGUACAUUGAGUAUCGCUAAUUUGACUGCAUGUGAGAAGGACAAUGCAAUCAAAAAAAUUGCUGAUGGCAUCAAUAAAUUUACAGACCUAAUAGCCCAGGAAAUUGUGAGAACGGAAAAAUCAAACUUCGUUUUUUGUCCACUCUCCGCUGCACUCACACUGCAUUUGGCAUCGUUUGGAACAACCGGUACCUCCAGAAAAAUCAUGCAGUCGCUUCUUCCCCCCACAGUCUUUCAUUCAACCGAUCCCGAGCCGGCAUGUGUUCACCAAGUUGGAGUCAAACGCCUCAUUGAGAAAAUGUCUAAAUACGCAGAUUCGGGGCUGAAGACAGUUAACGAAAUAUACGUAACUGAAUCAUCAACCCUGGCUAAAAUAUACAAAGACGUUAUCGAUUAUUUGGGUGUGAAGACGACAUUAGUCAACGAUGAUCCAGCAGCAACGGGUAACGCCCUUGAUGACAACUGCCGAGGAAAUAUGGAAAACGCUAUCAACGAUGUCUCGAGCUCGCUUGAUAUCAGCGAUGAGACGAAAAUAAUAAUCACGUGCGCUGUCCUCUUCAAGGGCAUGUGGUUGAAAAAGUUUAAUCUAGAAAAAAGUCAAAAAGAUUUUUACGUUAAAGGGAUUCAUAGUGAAAAGCGAACCUUUAUAAGUAUAACAGGGAAAUUCAAUAACGGAGAAGAAAGUGGCUACACUUGGGUUGAAAUUCCAUACGCGAGCAAACCUGGAUUCGAAUUGAGCAUGAUGAUCAUUCUUCCGAAGAAUACGCCAGAUUCGGCCAGGAUCGUGUCAAAAGAUUAUGUAAACAAUCUAUUUAUCGAGGAUUUAUUAGCAAAGGGACGUUCUUCGGGGAUACACAUCGAGUUACCGAAAUUCGAGAUUAAAUCUGCCAACUUUGACAUGUACAAGAUCCUAAAUAAAAUGUCAUAUUCGAAAGAAUUGUUCCAUAAGAAGUAUACAAAGAUGCCGAUGUUGGAGAAAACUGGCCUCCGCUUUCACAAGUUUGUUCUAAGCACUGUCAUAACGGUCGAUGAAAAUGGCAAAGAGGAUAUAGGCGAACCUCCAAUUGCAGAGUACGAAUUUAUUGCAAACCGCCCAUUUUUAGCUAUAAUAUUCACGAGAGACGAAUAUAAGAUAAAAACUUUCGUCGCUCGCUACAGCGGAUAGAAACAAAAACAUCUCUUCGUAACGCAACUCGAUAG